AUGAACACCUUCCUGCUCGCCACACUAUGCCUCCUCGGGGCCUGGGCGGCCCUGGCAGAGGGAGUCACUGUGCAGGAUGGAAAAUUCUCCUUUCCUCUGGAGUCAGUGAAGAAACUCAAGGACCUCCAGCAGCUUCAAAAGCCCAGCAUUUGGAAUCGCAGGAAGUUUGAUAGAGCCAUGGUUCCCAACCAAUGUGGCAAUCCUAAAUUUCCUAAAGAGCUCAAGCCUCUCUGCAAGGAGCCCAAUGCCCAGGAGAUCCUCCAGAGGCUGGAGGCCAUCGCUGAGGACCCAAGUACCUGUGAGCUCUGUGCCUAUGCCGCCUGUGCUGGAUGCUAG